AUGCUUAAUUAUCGUCCUUAUCUAUUUCCAUUUGUUCUAUUUCUUCUACAAAUGGUUUUUAUAUUUCUCCUUGGUUUUUACAGCCAAUAUGAAUAUUAUCCAAUUUCAAAUGUAACAGAUUUUGAAAAUCCACCUCGUGGUCUUGUGGAAUUUUAUUAUUCAAUGUUUACUGAUAUACAUGUAAUGAUGUUUAUUGGUUUUGGAUUUUUAAUGACUUUCUUAAGUCAUUAUUCAUAUUCAGCUAUUGGAUUUAAUUUUAUAUUAUGUGCUUUUACAGUUGAAUGGGCUUUAAUUAUGCGUGGUUUUAUAUUUGAUUGGGAUGCUUCGAAGCAAAAAUUUCUAAUUGAUGUAGAAAGUUUAUCAACAGCUGAUUUUGUUUCGGCUAGUAUACUUAUUUCAAUGGGAGCAGUCUUAGGACAAGUUAGUCCACUUCAAUUAAUAUUAAUGGCAUUUUUUGAAGUUCCUAUACAAGUUGUUAAUGAAUGGAUUGGUACACAUUUCUUUUGUGCAAAUGAUGCUGGAGAAUCAAUGUUUGUACAUGUAUUUGGAGCAUAUUUUGGUUUAGCUGUUGCUUUUGUUUUAUUUCGUUCGAAUAUUCUUGAUUCUCCACUUGAAAAAUCCCGUUAUACAUCAGAUUUAUUUUCUAUAAUUGGUACAAUGUUUCUUUUUUGUUUUUGGCCAUCAUUUAAUGCUGGUACGACACAUGGUGUUGAACGACUUCAUGCAAUUACUAAUACAUAUGUAUCUAUAUGUGCAUCAGUUAUCGGUGCUUUUCUUAUGUCAACAAUUGUUCGAAAAGGUAAAUUGGAUAUGGUACAUAUUCAAAAUUCCACAUUAGCUGGUGGAGUUGCUAUAGGAACUGUAGCUACAUCAGAUAUUGGUUUUCAUGGUGCUAUGAUUAUUGGUACACUUGCUGGUAUGAUAUCUGUUUUAGGUUUUCAUUCUCUCUUACCUAAGUUGCAACGUAUACAUGUUCAUGAUACAUGCGGAGUAAAUAAUUUACAUGGAAUGCCUGGUUUAAUGGCUGCUAUUGCAGGAAUUAUUAUAGCUUUCUUUGGAAACCGAUCAGGCUAUUUAAAUCAUUUAACAGAUGUUUGUCUUACUGGUGGAAAAAAACGAACUAAUAAUAUUCAAUCAGCUUAUCAAGUAGCUGCACUUUUAUUAACAUUAUGUAUGGGUGUUGUUGGUGGAUUGAUUACAGGUUCAAUAUUACGAUUACCAAUAUUUGUUCAAAAAUAUGAAAAUUUUGAAGAUGAACCAAUUUGGCAUUUACCUGAUGAGGGUCAAACUGAUGAUGCUGGUAGUUUGAAUAAAAAUUUGGACCGACGAUUUAGUGUAAUACCCACUGCUAAUUUGAAUAAAAAUUUACAAAAACGAUUUAGUAUUUUUCCAGCAUGA